CAAACAAAACUAAUCACAAUAGAAUCUCUUAUUAAUCUACGAUAAAUAUCAUUCUUAGUUUUGUUUUUUUUUAAUUUUUAAUUUUAUUUUGUCCUUUAUUAAUCAUACAGAUAUAUUAAAAAAAUGUGUAGGUCAACUUAAAUGAAAAAAGUACUCUCAUAUCAAUUCUAUUCAUGUCUUGCUACAUAACAAAAUUUAUAAUUAUAUAACAUAGAGUUGAUAUUUGAAAAGUAAUACUGAAUCUUUUCAAAAACUUUGAUUUUAUCUUCGAACUCUUUAAACUGCAAAUAACAACUAUAGUUUUUGAUUGGAUUUAUUUUUCACUUUUUCUAAUUGAAAUUGAUCAAUAUCCAAGAAAGACAAAGAAAUUUGAAUUCUGAAAUUUUCUAUCGAAAUCUUUCUCUAUUUUAUUCAUUUAACUAUGUUUGAUAUAAAUUUUAAGUUUAGAAAGAAAUAAUAUUGAGAGAAAUAUACUUAUUAUUUUAAAUCAUAUGUGUAACUAUUGUGUACUGACCUGUAAUGAAAUCUUUCGACCUUGUAAAUAGAUUCUACUUCAAUAUUAAGCCAGAAUCUAUAUCAAUUUGAGAUCAAGAAUUAUUUAAUAUGAUUGAAAAACUUCUUUAUCGUUGUGUAACGUUUACACUAUUUCGCAACUAAAUAGCAGAAAUUGCUAUGUGUUUUUCUAUAUAAAAGAAAAAAUAGAAAAACUAAUCAAAAUUUCAUUAAAAAUUAUCAAUCAAAUUCUUAAUGUUUUCAAAAUGUUCUGAUUAAAAAGUAAAAUAAUUAGAAAAAAAAAUAUCAAGAACGAAAGUUUGUUCUGUAGCAUAGUUUUUUGCUGGUGAAUUGAGCAAAUAAAAAAAAUGAGUUGGGAAAGAAUAGCUUCUUAUCAUAGACAUGUAUCUCGAACGUUCAGAUUCAUUUUUUUUUUAAACUAUACAUACGAAAGUUGACACUUAAUUCGACUAUUCACUAAAAAAGUAACUUGGUAAGAAGUUUUUUAAUUGAACAAAAAUAUCAAACAAUUAUUUUAUAUAAAAAGAAAUGCAGAUAAAAAAAAAAGAUUCAUUAAAAUGGUCUAUUUUUGUUCGAUAAACGAACAGAAAACUCUUCUAUUGAAAGUCACAUAUAUUUUACGAAUUAGUAUUGUUUCAUUGUCUUUUUCUUGAUUUAAGUUCGACCAGAUAAUGGAAUAAGGCGUACCAAUGGGACUCUACUUCUACGAUGGCUAAAGUCUCUAAAAACAUCCGAAUCGAUUGGUAUAUAUAUAUAUAUAGAAAUAGAAUUAUUUUAUAUGUAAAAAUAACUGAAUAAUAUAAUUCUCUUGUUUUAGCUCGACAUGUAGUUGUCUUUGAACAAGAUCUUUGUCAAUUGAUCAAAGAAUUAAAAGAAUUUACUUUUCUCGAUAUUUAUGGAGAAAUUCACUAUGAAAAAGUUAAAGCUUAUCGAUCAAUGGUUCAAACUCGUUUUCCUCAUAGUCGAGUAGAUGUUGAAAUAUCAAGAUUUCGUCUUUGGCUUUAA